AUGGCCGCGCACUACCGCAAGAUUGAGCUGCAGUCGCCAGCUGACCUCACCUAUCUCUACGCCAACACAUUGGCUCGUUCGCGCAGCAAACUCGACCUGCACCUGCCCCCUUCCGCGACGGACAAUGAGACGCCGGACCCAAUGCGCGAGCGCGUGCGGGAGCUAGUGGACGAGUACAUAAACCAAACCUUCACAACCGCCUCCUCCUCAAUCAGCAUCAACGGCAUCGACUCCUCGUCCCCGCAAUUCCAGUUUCCAGCCUCCUUCACCGCACCCGAGACAGUCGAGUACGAAGCAUACGACACGGAGCUCGCCUCGCGCGUAACAGCGCUCUACGCGCAACUGGAGUCGCUGACCACAACAGUCGCGCAACUACGACGAGACGCGCCACAUCGCGCAGCAAAAGAGCACGCGGCACAACUGAACCAGCUGAUUAACGAGGAAAAUGACGAACAAGAACAAGAGAACGAGGCCGAGCAAGACGCCGACGAUGAUCACGACCUAAACAACAAUGCCAACGAAGCCAUGGAUGAAUCCGAGGACGGAGCUCGCGCGGAGCAGACCGCUCAAAGAAACACCGAAAACACCGACACAGAGAACAUGGAUGUCGACGAGGGAACACAGCAUCAGUCCGAGUCAGCGGCGAAACAGCCCAAACACGCCCCGUCCCGUCGACGCCGCAACCGGCCCGACCCUGCGUGGACGCUGCAAGUGCCGCUCGGCACGGAGCAGGAGACGGAGCGCUGGCGCAGCGGCGAUAUGGCAGAUGCGUACGAAAGUGCGUUGCGGACGUUGCUGCGGCUUCAGGGCGAGGACGAUGCUGAGGCCGGCGCCGAUGGCUAUGCCUUGGCGACGACGGUGGGCAAGGCCGAGCGGGCAGGGCGUGCUGCGGAAGUGGUAGAGAAUAUGUGA